GGGUUUUUUUUUGUUCAACAUAAUAAAGUUCCCAAUAUUUUUGACAUUUCGGUUUAACAUUUUUUUGUGGAGAACACACAAGUUUUGCAGAAGUUUUUACAUAAUAUUCUUCUAAGAAAUUUGGGGCCCUUGAAAAUGUCGCUAACACAAAUUGCCCGUAACUGUGCCCGUUUGGCAAGAGCCGCAAAUGGAAUCCGUGUAAUCACUGCCCAACCACAGAUGCGUUUAUUGCACAGAAUUGCCGUUCCAGCCAUGUGCAAUGGUGUUACACAAAACCUUUUAAAAGCACGUACUGUCAAUGUACAGGUACGUUGCUAUUCCGACAGAUUGACUAUGGAAGACAUUAAAGAUCGUGUUUUGAAAGGGAGCAAUAACUGGCAAUGGCAAGUUGCACGCAAAUACUCUGCAAAACCUCCACUAUCACUGAAAUUGAUCAAUGAGCGUGUAUUGCUCGUCUUGAAAUUGUAUGACAAGAUUGACCCAAGCAAGCUCCGUGUUGAGUCUCACUUCAUCAAUGAUUUGGGUCUCGAUUCCCUAGAUCACGUUGAAGUAAUUAUGGCCAUGGAAGAUGAAUUCGGUUUUGAAAUUCCCGAUUCAGAUGCCGAAAAGUUAUUGCGACCAGCCGAUAUCAUUAAGUAUGUCGCUGAUAAAGAAGAUGUUUAUGAAUAAAUAAAUGUGUUUUUGUAGAACAAACAUUAAAAUCAAUAAGAAUAUAAUUUAAAAUAAAGAGGGCAAAUCUAAUUUGAACUUAUUAAAAAGAAAUGCUUAAGCAAAAUUAAAAAAA